UUGGAGGCAUUCUUCUCAAUCUUCACCACAGAGCAGCAGGACCACGUUAAGUCAGUAGAGUAUUUGCGCAGCAACUUUAGGCCCAUCCAGAGUUUGGAUAACCGUUACGUCUUCAAGUCAGCAGUCAAAGAUGCGUGGCUGCCUGAUAUGACUGAAAGCAGCAGCGGGCCAUAUGGCACAGAGGCUUCCAAAGUGUGCAGCAGUGCUCCCAUCAACAUGAAGGUGCAGCAUGUGAACGGCAGUGCUCUAGUGGUCCGCUGGGCCCAUCCAGAGGUCACUUACCACCCACCCAUCCUCCAUUUCCUGGUGUCGUACAGCUGGACAGCCCAUGACGACAGCUACGAGGAGACGCACCUCACUGACACUAAACACAAACUGGAGGCUAUCAUUUCUCCUGUCUCCCCUGAUGUACUGUACCUGUUUCGAGUCCAGGCCAUCUGCAUGAAUGACAUGCGCAGCGACUUCAGCCAGAGCAUGCUCUUCAGAGCAAACACCACCAGGAUCUUUGAGGGGACAAGGAUUGUGAAAACUGGAAUGCCGACGGUCUCUCCAGCCUCCUCAGCCGACAUGGCUCCCAUCUCGUCUGGGUCAUCUACAUGGACCUCCUCAGGCAUCCCUUUCUCCUUCGUCUCCAUGGCAACAGGCAUCGGCCCAUCCUCCAGCGGUAGUCAAGCAACAGUGGCAUCUGUGGUGACCAGCACUUUACUAGCCGGAUUGGGUUUCAGCGGUGGUGUCAUCUCCUCCUUCCCCAGUUCUGUUUGGCCAAGCAGAGCACCAACCCAUAAUCCCACCUCUGCACACCAAACUAGCGAACCCAAUGAGUCCAACAAAGAUGCCACCACCACUGCCUCUGCUGUCACGAUGGCUGCGGCUAAAAAUAACUAUGAAGCUAGGUAUGAGGAUAGGGGAAACGUCAAGGGCCAAGGAAAGGAUGGAGAGAAGGAAGGAGAGGAUAAGGAUGAAGAGGAGGAAGAAGAAGAGAGAGAUAAGAAGAAGAAGAGGAAAAGAGGAGGUGUAGGGAGAACAGGGAUGAGAGAUAAGAGCACAGCGGGGAACAAGCUGCCCAGUGAGACACCAGACUCCACCACAAAAGAUCAAAAACAGACUGCACCAGAUCCAACUAUCAUGCUGCCUGGUGUAGAGGACCAACUGGAGGUGUAUAUUCCCAAUCUGCUUGACUCUAACCCCACCAACACAGGCAGGGACAAGAAACACUGGGCUUUCGCUAUCCAUACUGAUCAUCUAAGUGUGGAGACCAACCUGACCCAUCAAACAAUGCCCAGGUCUGGGGCAAGGUUGGUCCGUGCCGACUGGCUGGUACCUUUGGUGGUGGUCUCAGCAAUGACAUUCCUCUGUCUCGUCCUUCUGCUGGCUGUUCUUGUAUACUGGAGGCGCUGUUUCCAGUCAGCCCAUUUCUAUGUCGAAGACAGCAGUUCACCCAGGGUGGUGUCUGAUGAGACAAUCCCUGUCAUCCCCAUCCCAGAUGAAAUGGAAACCAUUCCCGUCAAGCAAUUCAUCAAACAUGUCUCUGAACUCUACUCAAAUAACCAACAUGGAUUCUCUGAAGAUUUUCAGGAGGUUCAGUGCUACACUGCUGAUAUGAAGAUCACAUCAGAGCACUCCAGCCACCCUGACAACAAGCACAAGAACAGAUACAUCAACAUAGUGGCCUAUGACCACAGCAGGGUGAAGCUGAGGCCACUGGCUGGGAAGGACUCCAAACACACUGACUACAUCAAUGCCAACUAUGUGGAUGGCUAUAAUAAGCCUAAAGCCUACAUAGCAGUCAAAGGAUCGCUCAGAGCCACCUUUGAAGACUUUUGGCGCAUGGUGUGGGACCAAAAUACUGGCACCAUUGUUAUGAUCACCAAUUUAGUGGAGAAAGGGCGGAGGAAGUGUGACCAGUACUGGCCAACAGAGAACAGUGAAGAGUAUGGGAAUGUGGUAGUCGCACUUAAAAGUACCAUAGUCUAUGCUUGCUACACUGUUUGCUGGUUCACACUGAGCAACACUGAAAUCAAAAAGGGAAACCCUAAGGCACGGGCCCGCAAUGAACAGACAGUGCUCCAGUAUCAUUACACCCAGUGGCCAGACAUGGGCGCCCCAGAGUACAUACUACCUGUCCUCACCUUUGUUCGCAGGUCCUCCACCGCCCAUAUGCCUGGUAUGGGACCCAUGCUUGUUUGCUGCAGUGCUGGAGUGGGCCGGACUGGGACAUAUAUUGUCAUCGACAGCAUGCUGCAGCAAAUCGAGGACAAGAGCACAGUUAAUGUACUUGGCUUCCUCAAACACAUACGCACCCAACGCAACUACCUAGUCCAGACUGAGGAGCAGUACAUUUUUUUCCACGAUGUUUUGAUGGAAGCCAUUUUGGGGAAGGAGACAGUAGUGGUGGCCAGUCAGCUUCACAGCUACUUCAACAGCAUCACAACACCAGGACACAGAGGUCGAACACAUCUGGAGAAACAGUUCAAGCUGGUAACACAGUGUAAUGCCAGAUUCAUGGAAUGCUUCAGUGCUCAGGAGUGCAACAAAGAGAAUAAUCAAAAUUCCUCCAUGGUGCCAUCAGAGCGAGCAAGAACCGGCCUAGCUCCUUUGUUCUGCAUCAAAGGCACGGACUACAUUAACGCCUCUUACAUCAUGGGCUACUACCGCAGUAAUGAGUUCAUCAUCACCCAGCAUCCUCUGCUCCACACCACAAAAGACUUUUGGAGAAUGAUCUGGGACCACAAUGUGCAAAUUAUUGUUAUGCUGCCUACCAACCAUGGACUGGUGGAGGAUGAGUUUGUGUACUGGCCAGCCAGCCAAGAGGAGGCCAUGACCUGCGAGGCAUUCACUGUCACCCUCAUAAGUAAAGACCGACUCUAUCUGUCCAACAAGGAGCAGAUCAGCAUCCAUGACUUCAUCCUGGAAGCUACUCAGGAUGAUUAUGUUUUAGAGGUUCGUCACUUUCAUUGCCCCAAGUGGCCAAACCCGGACGCGCCCAUCGACAGCACCUUUGAGCUCAUCAACAUCAUUAAAGAGGAGGCAGUCCGUCAUGAUGGAGCAACCAUCAUCCACAAUGAGUUGGGGUCAGCGUCGGCUGGCAUGCUGUAUGCCCUCACCACUCUAUCUGAACAGCUGGAGAGUGAGGGUGCAGUCGAUCAAGUGACCAAGAUGAUCAACCUCAUGAGGCCAGGAGUCUUCACAGACAUUGACCAUUAUCAGUACCUAUACAAUGCUCUGCUCAGCCUUGUCAGCACCAAGGAGAACAGAUCGGCUCAUCUGGCCAGGGACAUUAAUGGGACCAUGGUGUCCAUGUCUGACCAGUCCGAUCCGGCAGAAAGUCUGAAGUUGUUGGUGUGAGAGAGGCCCUUUGGGGGCCUGGAGCUGAGCUGAGAGUGUCCUGUGGAUCCAAACACUCCCUGAGGUUCCUGAACCCACAAAGGAGGCACUUAACUUUGUAAAAUGGAACUAUUGUGGACAAGACUUUGAGGCCUUUUUUGCCAGACUCCUGGUUAAAAUGAAUAACCUGAUUACUUUUUUACACUGAUAAAAAGUUUUUGAUAUUUAUUUUUUCGCCAUUUUAUGUCUUAAAGUUCUCCUACUGAGGGGUUUGCACCUGUGUUUUUCAGUUUCACAACGGUGUCCUAGGCAACGAGAAACACUUUUGUCUUUUCUUGUUUGCACUAUAUACUGUAAUGUCAGUGUUACUGCCUAUACUAAAGCUGACUCACUUGGCUUUUUACACUCAAGCUCUGAAUUUAAUUUAAUUUAUUUUUUUUGACAUACCACAGUUUCUGCCUUUAUAAAACCAACUGCUUCUGUGAAGGACAUUGUUCUGCCUACCACCAAUCAGUUAAUUUAAGGCAGUGGAUGGAGGAAAGCAAGAACCUUAAGCCUCAGUAACAAAUUACUUCAGCACAGUGAAACCUCCUCCACCCUGCUCAUCUAUAGUACUCAUAUCACUAAUCAUUUAUCCCAAAAACCAGGUUCUUGGAACCUGAUGCCACAGACAAGUAGUUCUGGUUUUCUAAACCUUCUUUCCUUUUUGUUUUUGUUAAUUUUUCCUUGUUUUAUUGUCACUCUCCCUCUUGUUAGUGAGUGACACCCAUGUUAGAAUACCCAAGAUGGUGUAACAACUGCUACUGUGAACUUUUAUUAUUUCUUUGUAUAAUUCAUAUUAUGCUUUUUAAUAUAUGGAAGUACUGUAUGUAUACAUAUAUAAAUAUAUCCUUAUCAUAAUAACUUUGUGAUUUUUUUGUACAUGUCCUUUGUGGCCUCCCACCUCAGGCUGGUUGAUUUACCACGGCAGUGCUCAGCUCAUUCACAGCCAUCUGGAAGCAGAAUCCCUCAGUCCUCUGAGUUCUUGUAUGCUGCUAUGUCAUCUGAUCUCACACAUAUACACAAAUACAGACACCACCAGUAGAGAUCUUACAUUUGAAACAUAUGAUGAACUCCAACAGAUGAUGCAACUUCAUGUCAUUCCUUAUCUUUUUGAAAAUUAUGUUUUAGAGGGUUUGUUUUCAGUUGUAAGUUCAUUCUGAAAGACAAGCAUGGAUUGAGAACACAGAGGUGUGUAUGUGGAGCUGUCAUUUCCUCACAUGCACCACUACAGCAAGUUACAUUACAGGGUUGAAUGAGUAUCAUCUGCAGAGGAACAGCAGACUCAACAACAAGCUCUAUGCAACAGAUUGGUUAUGUACAGUAUCAGCAACAGGGUUUAAAACAACUUUUGAGUUCUCACUGUUGGUCUAGUCCAGAUUUUUACUGGGCUUCUCAGUUGAUUCUUUUUGUUUUCCUUUAUGUUGUUACAAGUGAAAAAAAAAAACAGAAUAACCCUUUUGGUUUUACAUUCUUAGCAUGAUAUAUAAUAUAAUGAGAAUCGCACGAGAAAUAUCCCCCCAUAAAAUAAUUUGUAAAUUUGAAGCCUCAAGCUAGUGCUACAUAUGUGUGUGUGUGUGUGUGUGUGUGUAUGUGUGUGUGUGUGUGUGUGUGUGUGUGUGUGUGUGUGUUUUCCUCUAGUGAACCAUAAGAAGCUGCUACAUUUUUUGUCAGUCUAACACUUCUUCAAGGUUUGUUAAGGCUGGAGGUUUGUAAAAAACAUGUUUUUAGAUUCUACUUCAUGGACAUUUCUUCUGAUCUUCCACCAACACUGCCUGUAUGAACUCCCAUGUAGAGUGUUUACAGUGUGGCACAUAAGAGUUAUUGCUCAAAUGUGUGGCUAAAUUUCACCAAAGACGGUAGCGAUACAGUAAUGUAUUGCAUCUAACAAGACAAAUCCUGUAGCAUGUAGUAGUACCAGUCCCCAGUCACUGUCACACUGCUCCAAAAUCAACUAAUGCUAAUGUGUUCCAUUUAUAUGCCAAUGAAAAUGGAAAACACUGAAUGUUCAGCCCUUCAAGUUAUGUUUUGCAAGCGUAUUUACAUUAUUAUGUUUUGUCAUGAACAAGAACUACACAUGUUAAAUGUGCUGAAACUAAAGGUGGCAUUUGUUUCAACAUGUUUUGUCUCUCUUGUUAAUCGACUAAUAUCACAUUAAUCUAAAAAUGGACUUAAGAAACUGAAUCAUUCAUUUACCUUCUGGCAAUACUCAGCCCUACUCCUCUGGCAAACUUCAAGGACGUUUGGCUAUAUGUAUAGAAAAAUUGUAUGAAAACACCAAAGCCAUGCAGCAUUG